AGGGGAGCCUGAUGAAUGACUAAAUACUUAUCAGAAUGCUGAUGCCCUCCUUUGUGAACUCUGCAGGUGACUGUGCAGAAACACUGACAAAAAAAGCCAAAGAUGUAGAAUAAAUGUGUCCUCAAUUUGUGGGGAAAUAUUCAUGAAGAAUGUCACUGUUGAUGUCAGACCUAACAAGACUUGCCAAGAGGUAUAGAGGAAGGACCUCAAUCUAUAUAUAUAUAUAUAUAUAUAUAUAUAUAUACACACACACACACACACACACACACAUAUGGAGAGAGAGAUUUAAUAUAUGUAGGAAAGAAAGAUGUACAUAAAAACAAAAUAUAACAAGCUCUAAAUGGAAUAAAUUAAUAAGAAUAAAUGAUUAAGUUGAGGGGCUGUCUGUUGUUAAACGUGUGGCUUCUUGACAUCUCCUGGCUGACACUUUAAAUUUUUCCAUUAUCUGGAUUUAUGCAGUGUAUGUGUGUGCAAAUAAAUGAAGAAAUUUUUUUCUAGGCUAAAUGAAUAAGCGUCAGGCGACAAUUUACAUGUAUUUGUUUCAACUUUAAGUUGAAAAUACAAGGACAACACAAUGACAGUUAAUCCAAUAAAAAAAACGGUUCCUGAGUCAAUAGAAACAUUAGAUAGCACAAUACAAGCUGAUUGCGAAUUGCCAACGACCAAUAGAAAAAGACGACGGCAAGUCCUUCACACCAGAAGAUGGCACUGUUAGCUUCGGCUGUCGACGUUAGUUGCUAUGGUCAUCUCUUGUUAGACGUUGACUGUAAACAGCUGCUUAAGAUAGACUUUUUAGCAUGGACUUCCGAUAGCUUAUUUUAGUGUAACCUUUUAUAUACAGUAUAUGAGUGUAACCCGACUUUAAAAAAAGAGUCAAAAAAUCAAAAUGCGACUGUUAAUACAGUUUAUGGUUGGAACCCAUGGAGUUAGCUAGUGUUAACUGCUAAGCUAAUGUUAGCAACGGCUAAUUUUAAGCGAAUCGACUAAUUCAUUACUGUGUAGUCGGUUGGAACAGGUAAGAGACCGAAUAUACCAAGAUAACAGAAUUUAACAAUGAUUAAGUGCUUGACUAAAGAGGUUCAGGGGAAACUUCGCUCCGGUGUCGCUAUCCCCUCGCUUCAGCAGUGUUUAGAGGAACUUAUCCUGAACAGCAUCGAUGCACAGGCGACCUGUGUGGGAGUCAGGAUGGACAUGGAGGCCUACAAAGUUCAGGUAAUCGACAACGGUGCCGGGAUUAACGCCGAGGAUAUGGAGUUAGUGGGAAACCGAUACCACACAAGCAAAUGCAGCUCUGUUGAAGACCUGGACAACCUCAGGUGGUAUGGUUUCAGAGGAGAAGCCCUGGCGAGUUUAGUUUCUCUCGCCACAUUAGUUGAAAUCUCAUCCCGGACCAGAUCGUCAGUGAAAACUCACGUCAAAAUCUUCAAGGAUGGCAAGGGCAUGGAUGUGUUUGAAGCAGAUACUGCUCGACCUUCUGCGGGGACAACUGUUGUUAUUUGUAACUUCCUCCACAACAUGCCAGUCCGGAGGAAGAGGAUGGAUGCUGUCCUGGAGGGUGAAAGGAUCAGACACAGAGUGGAGGCUAUAUCUCUGAUGCAUCCCUCUGUGUCUUUCACCCUAAAGAAUGACUGCACAGGAGCCAUGAUGGUGCAGCUUCCUAAAGCUAGAAACACCUACCAUAGGUUUAUUCAGAUGCACAGUCUUGGACGAGCACAGAAACUUGGAGAAAUCAGCUACACACACGGACAGUUUGAAGUGACCGGUUACAUUGGCAAAGAAGGCCACUACAACAACAGCUUACAGUUCCUUUAUGUAAAUGACAGACUGCUGCUGAAAACACGGAUGCACAAGCUCCUGAACUUUCUCCUACGCAGACUGAGCAGUUCAAAUCAGAAAAAUGGCAGUCCAGAUGGGCAGUCUACAAUCAGGAGUCCAAAGCACAAACGAAGCCAAGAACUGCAUGGAGUAUACAUCAUCAAUAUCAAAUGCUCUUACUCAGAGUAUGACAUCUGUCUUGAGCCUGCCAAAACUCUAAUAGAGUUCAAAGAUUGGGACCGCAUUUUGCUGUGUAUCGAAGAGGCAGUAAAAGCGUUCAUGAGCAGGGAGAAUUUGGUGGCGGAGCUUUCUCAGGAAGACUUGGAUUACUUACCUCCAGAACUGUUUGGCACACACAAUUCAGAUAGUGGCAAUGGUGCUUCCACACUAGAUUGCAGUAUUGGAAUGAAACUGGCAUCUGAUCCUGUUCAUCGAAAGCGCAAAGAUGACUUUGUAUGUGAGGACAGUGUUAGCCGGGAGUCUGGUCAGAUGGAGUGCAAAGAAGAGACUGAACAACAGGGGAAGAAAAAGAUAACUGUAAAUGAGUUUUUAAAGAUAAAAAGGGAAGGAAGCAUAAACAAAGAAUAUAGAUAUGAGUCACAAUGUGAUCUUGCUGGACUUGAACCUACAUCUGAUAAUCACAUUACUGAAGAAGUGGAGCCAACAUUCAGUGAAGCAAAGGAAGGCUCUCCAAUGUUAUGUAUGUCAAGUUCAGUCAGACAAAUAGAAAGUAAAAAAAUUGAACUCUCAAAAGAAAAAGUAAUAAUUUUAAAUAAUGCUACCUCAACCAGCAACGUGACUUCACUAGACAGCAUCACUCAACAAAUUCAGUCUGAUUUAAACAGUAUUGAGCAACGGUUACCUGACUGCCAGAGUGCAGGAGGACAUGAACAUACUUUAGUAAGUAACAGAAAAAUCAGUCUGUCUGAUCCAUACAUUCACGAAAAGCUGCAGACAGUAUUUCAGCAGCAAAUCUUAGCGCAGAAAUGUGAAGAGACAUCCUUUGCAUCAAAACGCAAAAUCUCACUGCAUGCAGGCAAUGACAGAAUUUGUCAGAAACCAUGCAAAGACUUUGCUCCUAUCGUUCCCCCAAAAUUACCCAGACUUGCAACUUGUCAAAAGUUGGCCUUAUGCAAGGAGUCUGGAUCCCUUGAGAAGUUUAGAAGAGUAUAUGGAAAAUCUGAUGAACUAAAAUUAUCCUCUCAAGAGACUCAGAAUAACACUAAACUUCCUCGUACAGACAGCUUUGUUUUGAAUUCCCAGAAGUUGUUGUUUUGCCAGAAAGAUCAGCCAAAGGGUGGAGUUAUAGAAACAGAAGAGACGCAGAGCAUCCUUCGAAGCCCACCAACCCUCUCAGCAUUCACCAGGUUAAAACCAGUCUCAAGGCAGAACAGAGGCAAAACAUCUUUAGCAGCUAAACUCAACCAUUUGAAACAACACAGAACAGACGAUUCAAAAGUAUUAGCACACCUGUCCAGUACUGCAUUGCAGGACAAUACCUGCCACAGUGGUAAUGACGGUAGCCAAGACGGCAAUAACAACAACAAUGACUGUGGUUUGAAUCUUGAGCCAGUCCCAGGUUGCAGGACAAAUCCUCUGCUGGCUGAGAGGGAAGUGGUUACGACAUCGGGGGACUGGCUUCAUCACUACGAUGCAUCUGUGGGAAAGACGGUUUAUGUCAACAAAGUGACUGGACAUAGCCGAUACGAAGACCCACCUACUGAUGAAACGCAAGUCCGCUGUACAUCUGACGUCUCCAAUAUGGCUGUUAUUGUCAUCUCUGAAACGGGGAUGGAACCCAGAUGCUACCCAUUUCAGAUUGAUCUAGUGUUGCCCUUCCUACCAAAGUCCAGGACAGAUAGAGUGAUUAGUUCAGGGCUUGAUGACAGAGGUACCCCACAGACAGAUCUGACUGCCAACUAUGCCAAUGGUGAGAGCUCCAACUCACUUGCGUUGUUGUACUCAAAAUGGAAUAAUCCCGUAUUUGUUCGACCUCCUACGGUUGGUGUGGACAUAUCAAGUGGGCAAGCUGAGGGACUGGCUGUCAAGAUCCACAACAUCCUGUUCCCAUAUCGUUUUUCUAAGGCCAUGAUUUGCUCAAUGAAGGUUAUUCAUCAAGUGGAUAAGAAGUUCCUUGCAUGUCUUAUCAAUACAAGAGAGGGAGAGCCUGCAGCACUCAAUGAAACUGAAGGAAACCUUCUGGUGCUGGUGGAUCAACACGCUGCACAUGAGAGAGUUCGACUUGAACAUCUAGUUGCAGAUUCCUAUGAGGAUAACCCAGAUGCACCAGGGGAGAGACGUCUGUGUUCAUCUACCAUUUUUCCACCUCUUGAGAUCAGUGUAACAGAAGAAGAACUUAGGCUGCUUAGGUCUUGUCAGGCACAUUUGCAGUGUUUGGGCCUGGAAGUGAAGUUCUCACAGGCAGCAGAUCCACACAUUUUUGUAAGGAAGGUACCAUUGUGCUUCAUGGAAAAGGAGAGUAAUGAGAUCAGGCGGGGGAGACCAUCUGUUAUCAAGCCUAUUGUUGAGGAGUAUCUUCAAGAGCAGAUUGAGUUACUCCGCUCAACUGGUCGAAUGAGAGGAACCCUGCCUCUCACUGUGCUGAAGGUGCUAGCCUCCCUAGCAUGCCAUGGUGCCAUCAAAUUCAACGACAGCCUGAGUAGAGAUGAAUGCUACAGCUUGGUGGCGUCCUUGUCCUCCUGCCAGCUGCCCUUCCAGUGUGCCCAUGGCCGUCCCUCCAUUGCUCCCUUAGUAGACACUCUCCAUUUGGACAAAGAUGAAAAGGAAUUACAAAAACCCAACCUCCAAAAGCUAAGAAGAAUGUAUAAGGCGUGGGAACUAUAUGGAAAUAGAUAAGUGGGUGUGUAUUUUAUUUUGAAUGUGUAGUUUACUGUCAACUAAUUACAUUGUAACUCAUAAUUCUCUGAUUAAAUGGUUCAAAUAGUCAAAUUCCUUCCCAAAGCCCUGUAGCAGAAACAUUUUUUUUUAUUUUAACGAAACUGUAAAUUCAUAGCAAGAUUGUUCUAUAUAUAUAUAAACAAUUUUGUCAGAAAUUGUUGUUAACAUUUAGGUUGGUAAUUACACAAAAUGAGGAAAUACUCAAAUAAAAGAAAGCAAAAACACCAUUCUUAAAAUAAACAAAGAUAUAUCCUUGAGAGCACAACUGAUUUAGGAAAAAAACACAUCAUUUUUUUCAAAUAAAACAAUGUCUUCAUUAAAGUCUUUUUCAAUCUGACAAAGCGGUUGCAAGAGUAAUAGUUAUCCAAUAUGUUGAGAUGCUGGUUUCUCUCUGCAUCAUCUGUCUUGCUGCUGUCACAAAGUUCGUCAUGCAUUGAAUUAUCAGCAGUAGUUUGGAUGAAUACUUAUAUUAUUGGAACAGUUUAAAGUUUUGAUUACAGUAUUAACAUUUUAAUUAAUUUCUAUUAUUUGAACCAGUAGGUCUGGGACCCACCCACUGCCUAAUGACAUUUGAUGUUAUUUGAGAGAAAAUCAGGAUUUUGCCUCACUUGGAUCACCCCAAUCAUCGCUUGAGACCGGCACAUUUUUGUAGAUGUUAUCUUGUGAUUUUGUAGAGUCGGCCGGCAGGUACGAUGUAACGGAAAACAUCCGGUCCAAAAGGACAGCGAUCAGCAGCAAACGCAGAGUCGAGACCUGCUGCUAGAGAGAAAGAUGAUGAUGCUGCUCCUCUCAAACGUAGCCACCGCCCCCCUCGUCCUCCCUCCUCUAGUUCCGGGUCAUUUCACGUGACCUCUCCGCCCCCACAUAGGCUAUCUCGCCUCAUCGCCACCCCCUCUUCACCUCGUCCUCCCCAAGUAAACAAUCCCUCAUCAUUUCAUGAUGUCUGCUAGCUGCCCUCGAUUCUUCUCUUAGAAAAAGGCUGCCCCAAAGUGAGUUCACCCACAGCUCUGUCAGAAGUUAAAAAUAUACGUUCGUAUAUGAAAUGGGAAGAGGAUUAUGCACACUCAGAAAAUAUGUAAACUACACUCGACAUACUAUAUUUUUGUAAUCGCUCAAAAUGAGUCGCGUCGACCUUGCAAUUAAGUUAGCUUUUACAUUAAUAAACAAAAUCUGUGGUUUGAAGUGUCUCUUACUCUUGAAUAAAUGAACGCACCAGGACAUCAUUUUUUUUCGCCGAGGAAAUGGCUAGAUUAUAUGAUUAUGUGUAUUUAUAAAUAUGCUCACGUUUCUCACCCCACAUUGCAUUCAGCCGAUAUUUGUGAAUGGGAGUGAAAAUCGUGGCUUUGGCGCGGUGACGACGUUAUUGCCAGUUCAAAGACAUGUUGUAACAUAUUAUUCAGGGAGGAAAUAUAGAAGAGA